AUGGCGCCGAACUUCCAGAAGCAGAUUGAAGCCCUCCAACAUCAAAUCGAACAUUCUAGCAAAGCCCACAUUUCAGAGCUUGGGAAGAUUCAAAGCCAGGCUGCAAUGUUCCAGGAGGAGAUUGAAUCUUUGCGGCAGCAGAUAUCAUUCGCACAGUUCUGCAACUUUUUCGCAUCCGGUCCUCAACUCCCCGAAGAAGACUGGUACGCAAUUGUCCCUCACCUCACCACUCAGAAACCGUCAACAUCUUGCGAACUUCCUCUGCCCACCGAGUUCUGGGAGGUUAGUGACACCUGGGGUCCUGAACGAGCAAGUUAUCCCUCGGUCGCUUCCGACGGGGUGCUGGAAUCAUGCUUGGGUCUCUAUGCCGUCUUGAAAGAUUCUUCCCGUCAGGAUUGUGACUGGCGGAACAUGGCCCUCUUGUCCGUGCGUCAGUUGAUGAAGGAGAUGCUCAGCAGGGGCAUCGUCUACAAGGGGCUUAUUUCUCUGAUUGCCAACAUGGUCAUCGGGCUCGUCGAGACGAAAAAGCUGCAGAAGGACGAUCCCUUGCUGUUCGCUAUUUGGCAAGUCGUUGCCUGUGCGGACGAGAUGCUGACCAAUUUGUUGUCCUCGGAAAGAAGGGCGUUCAGGGAUAUUCUUACCGGAGCCUGGUCCGAUAUUUCUCGUUCCAUCAUGUUUCACACACAAACAGAGGAUCACAAGGACAUUCGCCCUUUCGACCUUGUUCUACAGGCAUCACUCAAGCCAGGCCGCAUCUAUUACCACACCUCCAAGGUUGGAGUAGUUGUGAAUAGGGAUAUGGAUAGCAAUCAGCGGCGGUACAUUGUGCUUGACUUUGAUACCAGGAGACUCCGUGUCGUGGAGGGGGAAAGAUGGGAUGUGAAGGAUACUGGGACUCUGGUUGAUGUUAAACUCCUUGGAAAUGAUGCAGGGACUGGUUACUGCUUUGAGAUUGACAGACAAUCGUGGGAGCUAUUGAUAUCAGAUACGCUGGACGGUUAA